GCGACCGUCUCUGCCGGCCUUCCUCCGGUAAGCGCCUCUGCCGAUCCUCGUGAAUUCUGUUCUUUCCUCUUUCGGGCCCUUUCCUACUGUCGCCCCCGCCACCUUGGAUCAUGUUCAAGAAAUUUGACGAGAAAGAAAACGUGUCCAACUGCAUCCAGUUGAAAACGUCAGUUAUUAAGGGUAUUAAGAACCAGUUGAUAGAACAGUUUCCAGGCAUUGAACCAUGGCUUAAUCAAAUCAUGCCUAAGAAAGAUCCGGUUAAAAUAGUGCGGUGCCACGAACAUAUAGAAAUCCUUACCGUAAACGGAGAGUUACUAUUUUUCCGACAAAGGGAAGGGCCUUUUUAUCCAACGCUAAGGCUACUACACAAAUACCCAUUUAUCCUGCCACGACAGCAAGUUGAUAAAGGAGCCAUCAAAUUUGUGCUCAGUGGAGCAAAUAUCAUGUGUCCAGGCCUAACCUCUCCUGGAGCCAAGCUUUACCCUGCUGCAGUGGAUACGGUGGUUGCAAUCAUGGCAGAAGGAAAACAGCAUGCCCUGUGUGUUGGAGUUAUGAAGAUGUCUGCGGAAGAUAUUGAGAAAGUGAACAAAGGGAUUGGCAUUGAGAAUAUCCAUUAUUUAAAUGAUGGGCUGUGGCAUAUGAAGACGUAUAAAUGAGCCCCAGAAGGAAAACACUUGAGAUAAAUAUGGACAUUUACUGUGUCUGUGUUUGUGUCUGUGUGUGACAGCAUGAAGAGAAUACUUCUAUGGUUAUGCUGAGUGUAUUCAGCAGAUGCUACAAAAAAGUAAAGAUUUGGAAAGAG